AUGGGAACAGACCAGGUACAUGUGGAUUAUUUGCUGCUCAUGAAUCAACCAAGCGAAAUGGACUGAAAAAUGCCCCACACUAGUUGGCCUAUCUAGCGUGUACUAAGAAAAGAACUUCCGUCGGGACAUCUCUCUCCUUCAGCACUCUGUGACCUUACAUUAUGGCCUACAUUUGAUUAAAUAAGCGAUAGCGUACUCUGUAUGUCACUUGACAUAGCGUCUCGGAGUCUAUCGUGUGAAGUCAAAAACUGGGUUACAUCACAUCGGCCUAUAUAGCAAUCAUAAAUAAAGACAAUCGAGUUUGUACUUCCCAGUGCACGAGUUAAGGAGCGCAUGGAUGAUCCUAAUAUUAUGUCUUUAUUCAAGCAUGAUUCCUUCAGUGUGCUGAGAAUGCCACCGGGACUAAAUAAUCCACAUUGAAAUCCGUAUAAUUUACCAAUACACACAGGAUAUCCUCACCUUCAGCAUUUUCUUGCCCAAAUCUGGAGAACCUGCUUUUAUUUAGCGCCGCGGUGUGUUCUGACAGAGAUAUGUGACCAUUUUGACAUAAACCUGUGCCAAUAGUCAGUUCUGUGGGUUUUUUCCAAUGUAAUUAUGUUUGAGUUAUUAUUCUGACUGGAUGCACAAGGCAAACAUAAUGACAACAGAACAUUUAAAGCGGACAAUUGUGACUUUCUCAAUAUAAUAGACCGUUGUAUCUCAGAUUCUACUUUGUGCUAAAAAAGGGUGUAUUACUUUGGCGGAGCUACAGACUCUACAAGAGAUCAUCACACUCUUCAGGGUGCCAAUAUCCACGGGUUUCCUGUAUCUUAACCAAGAGGUGACCACAGUACUCACGUUGUUCGCGCCAGGCCGUACCUCAGCGUCUGCGCAUGUUUGCACGUGAACGUGCAUGUUUGUGCCGUGACGUCACAGUCCUGUCAUGAACGGCACACGUCUGCUGAGGUCACCAGGGGUCAACGAUGCCAAAGACGGAACAUGUCGAAUUGUGGUCCUGGGAACUUCCGCGGUGGGAAAGACAGCUCUGACGGUGCGGUUUCUGACUAAACGUUUCAUCGGAGAGUACAGCCCUACGCUAGAGAGCGUAUACCGCUACUGUACCAGCACGGCGGAAGAUGACGACAUCCGAUUGGACAUUCUGGACACAGCUGGUCAGGUGUGCACGGAGUGGAAAGAAAGCUACGCGCUGUGGGCCGACUGCUUCAUGUUCGUCUACUCCAUCACCGACUACGCCAGCUAUGAGGAGGCUCAGAGGCUACGGCGUCUCGUGGAGGCCACACGGAGGUCUACGUCAUUGUGCUGUGUGGUCGUCGGGAAUAAGAACGACCUCGUUUAUGACAGACAAGUGACGGCCAGACAGGGUCAGGAACUGGCCGUGGAGAUGGGUUGUAACUUCUACGAGGUGUCAGCCUGUGACUGGAACCAGAUCUCCGAGGUGUGUGACCUGUUCCUGGAGCUGCACGCCCUCUGGCGGAAGACUCGUCUGGCGAGAGACGGCCGCCAGCGGAAGUCCAGCUCGUCCGCCAAGUUCAAGCAGGCCAUACAGAAGGUCAUUUCCGGCAAGGGGUCAAUUUCGAGGCGAUCGAGUAGUAACGGGAAUAAUUUGUGAUUGUUGGGGAGUGAGAGAGAGA